AUGAACGUGUGCCCCCAGGAGGCCAUGUGCGAUGAGGACAUGCCUGCUGUGUUCCAAUAUUUCACACAGGUACCCUCACCUCCCCCCCCCCCCUCUCUCCGGCCCUCCUCCUCCCCCCCGGCUCAGUUCUCUGCGUCUGUCUCCCACCAGGAGGCGCUCUGCGAGGAGGAGCAGGGCGGCCUGGACCCCAAGGACCCCAACAGGCCCCGCUUCACCCUGCAGGAGCUGAGGGACGUCCUGCACGAGAGGAACGAGCUCAAGGCCAAAGAGGCCGAGGACGAGAUGGCUACUCCCAGUCCGUCCCCCUCCCCGGAGCCCAGGACCCGCUCCUCCGCCCAGCCCGAGUCGGGAAUCAAGCGCCUGAUCUUCACAGCCAUAAUGCCGAUGGUGGCGGCUGGUUUGAUCCCAGAUGACCCCACUUUACAGCCAAUCAGACGCCUCAUGUCACUUGUAUGA